ACAUUCAUCAGUCGUUUGAUAGCAUUUGUGAUACGGAAUCGUCACUCGGACUCAAUCUCGCAGACAAUGUCUUACUAUCCGACUUCAGUUCCCAACGGAACCGAUACUAACACUCAUCACUCGAAUGGGAACCACUCGACCACAGCGUCGGCAGCGAUGACAGCGGUGGCCGCAGCGGCCGCGGUCUACGGCGCCGCACAGAACGGCAUAUGUCUUAGGGUUGACCCCAAUAUGGAGGCGAAGGACUUCUGGCGGAAGUACGACAUCACUGUUCACGGAAAGGACGCCCCGUUGCCACUCAUGUCAAUGCAUGCCUUCAAAUGGCCGCAACGCAUCGCCGAAGCCCUGGAGACGGAUCAGUUCACUUCGCCCACUCCCAUACAGUGCCAGUCGUGGCCCAUCGCUCUCGAGGGCCGGGAUCUGGUCGGUGUGGCGCAGACCGGUUCAGGCAAGACGUUGUGCUAUGUAUUGCCCGCUUUCGUCAAGAUCUUGAGGGACAGACCCCAGAGAGGACCCAAGUGUCUGAUUCUGGCGCCCACUCGAGAGUUGGCUCAACAGAUCCAAGAAGUGGUCCGUCGAUAUCGUUUCGCGAACAACGUGUGUCUCUAUGGCGGCGCUUCCAGAGGGCCGCAGAUGAGACAAAUCCGCGAAAUGAAUCCGCAGAUCAUAAUCGCAACGCCCGGCCGUAUGAUCGACUUCGUGGAGAGCCGUGCGAUCGACAUCCGGGCCGUCGACUAUCUGGUUCUGGACGAAGCGGACCGUAUGUUAGACAUGGGUUUUGAGCCGCAGCUCAAGAAGAUUAUCGCUCAGUUGCCACGAGAGCGCCAGACACUGAUGUGGUCGGCCACGUGGCCCAAAGAGGUGAAGGCAUUGGCCGCGCAGUACAUGAAAGACUACGUGCAGAUCAAUGUCGGCGGCACUGAACUG